AUGAACUUAGGGGCCCGCUUGUGGAAAAAAUGGCUCCUGCCAUUGUUUCAAAUGGCUCCUGCCUUUGUUUCAAAAGAAAAUUUAAUGGCCUCAGUCAUCAACGCAAACAAUUGCCUCUCUCUCUCUCCAAUGACUCGGAGAUGCAGUUGUCUCUCUCUCUUGACAUCGAGAGGACCCACAAAUUUUCUCUGUCUUAGAUGGUUUCAAGAGGACCUGACUUUCUAAUUCCCCGAAACUAGUUUUUGGGUCCACACGUAAACUUUGCCUCCCCUAUAGAAGGGACUCGCGAGGAGGGCUUGUAGCAAGCAUUUCACCAGUGCUUGUUUAGUCAAUAGAAGCACCAUGGAAGCUAAAAAAGGAGCCCUUCUUCCCCACCCUCUGCGUCUUAUCUCACUAUUAUCAUUCACUGCUGUCAUGUGCUUUUUCGAUUUCUCCAUGGCCUUGGAGGGCUCCCCAUUUUGUAGAGAAAAUGAAAGAGUGGCCCUCUUGGAUUUCAAAGCUUCCCAUUCCACAAAUGCUACAUUGAUGGAUUCAUGGAAGGGGUUGAAUUGUUGUGAGUGGGAAGGAGUGAAGUGCCACAGUUCCUCUUCUCAUGUUGUGAGUCUCAGAGUAUAUAGGAUACCUUGGAAUAUCACUGGAUAUACAAACUCUGUAAUGCUGAAUGCCUCUUCCUUAACUAGACUCGGCCAGCUGCAACAUUUGGGACUGAGCUCCUUUGCUGGUGUGUUGCCCAUAAAAGAGCUCUCAAAGCUAAAGAACCUGCGUGAGUUAAUCUUGGAUUUCAAUGAAUUUAGUGGAGGAAUUCCUGAGGAGGUGGGUUUGCUCUCUUCCCUUCAAGUGCUUUAUCUAAAUGGGAAUCGGCUUCAAGGACGCAUACCAUCAACUCUGGGUAACUUGUCCCUUCUCAAUAGUCUGCAACUAUAUGAAAAUCAACUUUCCGGUAGCAUACCAGAAUCUCUUGGCAGCCUAUUAUCAUUGGAAUGGCUCGGCCUCGGCAACAAUAAACUUGAAGGGAGCAUACCAUCAACUCUGGGUAACUUGUCCCUUCUCAAUGAACUACUACUAUAUGGGAAUCAACUUUCCGGUAGCAUACCGGAAUCUCUUGGCAGCCUAUUAUCAUUGAAACGGCUUGACCUCGGCGAAAAUAAACUCGAAGGUUCUAUCCCAUGCGAAUUAGGUAAGCUUUACUCUUUGGUUGGUCUUUUUCUCAAUGAUAAUGACUUGUCUGGUGAUUUCUCCUUCACAGUCUUUGCAAAUGUUUCUAGCCUCAAAAUUGUCCACCUCUCUGCAAACCCUAAGCUAACCAUUUCCCACAACAACUUUACGCCUGCUUUCCAGCUUUAUGCUCUCAAUUUGUCCUUGUGUGACAUGAGAAGGUUCGACUUAAGUUCUCCAGGCUUCCUAUCGACUCAAAACCAGUUAGUAAAUGUCGAUCUCUCAAAGAGCGACAUUCCUGGGAAUAUCCCCUCUUGGUUACUUCUAAACACUGGACAACUGUUGUUGGAUGGGAAUUUGCUCACAGGAGUACAAUUUUUGCCUAACAUAUCUUACGACCUCAAUAAUUUGGAUAUCUCUAACAACCAAAUCAGUAGGAAUUUUCCAAGAAAUUUCUCUAGUCAUUUUCCAAAUUUGCAAUCACUUAAAAUGUCCCAGAAUUCCCUUGAUGGUGACUUAAUGUUUUACAUCAAUGGCUUUAAGGGGUUGAGAGUGUUGGAUUUGUCUCGCAACAACAUCUCAGGAAAUUUGCCUUCCAUUUUCCCCUAUAACCUCACAAUUUUGGACUUAUCAAACAACAAAAUCACUGGAGAACUACCCCCCAAUUUGACCAGAGGACAUGACCUCAUGUUUUUGAGCCUGUCUAAGAACUCCUUGAAUGGACCCUUGCAAUCCAAACACUUCAAAUUACCAAAUUUGGUAUCACUCCAUCUAGAUAACAAUGCAUUCAAUGGAACCAUACCGAGGAACCUGUUGUUGUUUAGUCCAAAUCUAACUAUUUUAAAUCUUGCAAAUAAUGAAAUAUCUGGUCCCAUGCCAAUUGAAUUAUUUGGGCAUUUCAAAUUGAAAGUGCUAAUCUUGAGAGGAAAUUUUUUCGAUCAUAUUCCACUCAAAUUGUGUCAAGUAAAAAGUUUGGCCGUCUUGGAUUUUUCCCAAAACAACCUUGAAGGUCCCAUACCUCCUUGCUUCAAUAAUUUUUCUGCAUGGACAAAUGCAUCCUUUAUUGGUUCCAUUUCAUCUCGUUAUGAUCCAUUUUUUACCUUUUCUACUGAACUUGGUUCUGGGGGCCGAAUAGUUUAUAAGCUUUACACAAUCUCACAAGAGAACGUGGAAUUUACAAAGGGAAAUACAUAUAGUUAUCUCGGGGAUGCUCUUAAGUACAUGACCGGUUUAGAUUUGUCGGAAAACAAAUUAAGUGGCCCUAUUCCAUUAGACAUGGGGCUUUUAAAAGAACUGGCCAUGUUGAAUCUCUCCAACAAUCUUCUAACAGGUCCAAUUCCCAAAUCCUUUGGAGGGUUAUUGGGUCUCUCAACAUUAGAUCUUUCUUGCAAUGCACUCUCUGGUGAAUUUCCUUCUCAAUUAACAAGACUUACCCAUUUGUCCAUCUUUUCUGUUGCAAAUAAUAAUCUAUCCGGUGAGAUACCAGACACAACACAAUUCUGUACUUUCAAUGAGAGUUCUUUUAGUGGAAACCCAAACCUGAAUACACAAGGAAAGAGGUGUUCGACAACUCUGUCAUCAAAUGUGCCAACUGGACCGAGCGAUGAUGAUGGUGAAGAUGAAGAUGAAGGAGAGGAAGGGUGGGUGGAGAUGACACCUGCGGUCUAUGCUUUCAUUGCCUUGGGUUAUGCUAUUGGCAUAUGGGGAGCACUAGCCUUUCUUUUUUUUGGCAACAAGAGAGGACAUGCUUGUGUGAGGGCCAUGGACGCAAUAGUCUCCCGACUUUUUCGUGCAUUUUGCCGUAAACAUUAGAGUCAUUCGACUUCUUCUCCUGUUCACACACAACAAUCCAAUGCGCAACAAUGUUACCAUGUGGCACAAUCACUCUAUUGUAGGGUUGUAAGAUAGGUAAAGGUUCGGUCAAAAGAUCGUUUUUUAUUUA